UGAGGCUAAGACACACUUGACAUUUCUUAUUUCCUGGCUGGGCUUGAAGUGGAGAAACAAUUGCUGAAUCCUCACUGAAUCAGCUCAGAGAAUGCUUUCUGACUAUUCUAGCUACAUACCAGGAUAUACAGGUUUCAUCCCAAAACUCCAAAAUGUAGUUGGAGAAACCUAUGGCAAUGCUACCCGAAAACUGCUUUUCCAUCAGGCCAAAUUGCUACAAUUAAGCCAUAGUGCAUUCAACCGACCAGGGCACAGGUAUCGUCCUAGCAGGCCAUUCAGAUGGCCAGAUAAGUAUCACUACGGUCAGUUGAGUCUAAAAGAUGGAAAUGCCGCAUGUGAGUACCUGCCCACGAGUACUAAGAGAUCUGGCUUUGCUCGAAGGCUAAUCUAUGAUGGUGCUCCUCAAACCACUUCUGCUAUUCAGUCAAUAGAAAAGGUCAAGGCGGACCUAAAGCCACCACCAAAACCACGUGGAACAAGCCAGCGCAGCCUAACUAAGCCAACUAAGAAUCUUUCUUCUACAACACCUAGUUUGCCCCCAUAUAAGGGUGUCUCUAAGAUCUUUGGUACUACCAUCUCCAAAACAGAAAAAGUAGAAAAACCAGAAGAAAUUCCAUCUUUAGGGCCAAAGAAGAUAGAGAUGCUUCAAAAGCAACAAGGCAAACUGAUCUAUAGACCUGACUGCGGCCUCCUUCCGAAUUAUACUGGCUACGUUCCGGGACACAAGUUCUCCUUUGGGAAGACCUGGGGAGCCAGUACCAGGGGCUCCCUGAGAGCAGCAAAGCGUCAGCCUCUCAUCUGGACUUCUCUCAUGUAAGCAUAGCAAAUUAGGAGCCUUUGAAAAAGAGCACGCAUUAUGAAACUGCAUGCACUAAUUUGGCAUCAGCGCAAUUAUUUAGUUUGGCAUUCGCUUUGGAUCUGAAACACUGAAGUCAUUUUAACUCUCCCUAU